ACUCUUCCCAUGUUUCCUCCAACUUGUCCACUCAUUUUAACACACACACACAACAAAAAUACUACUCAUAACAUAGCUAUACAUAUAGAGAAAAGAUAAAUCAAAGAGAAAAAGAAAGAGUACUGAAAGAAACAGAGAUAAGAAAAAUGAUGACAGCCACCUCGAAUCAAAAGGUUGAAGAUCACACGGUACUCCUUUCUCAAUUGUACCCUGGAGUAUACACGCAAAUGGUUCCACAACAAGGUGAGGCUAAACCGCGAAGAAGGCGAAAGAGGAACAAAGGAGGAGAAACAGGAGUGACUGGAGUAAAGAAAAGGAAACUCAGUCAGGAGCAAGUUAAUCUUCUUGAAAUGAAUUUUAGUAACGAACGUAAGUUGGCAUGUGAAAGGAAAGAUAAGCUUGCUUCAGAACUAGGACUUGACCCUCGUCAAGUUGCUGUUUGGUUUCAGAAUCGAACUGCUCGUUGGAAGCACAAGAAGCUAGAGGAAGAAUACACUAAGCUCAAAACAGCCCAUGAAACUAUUGUUCUUGAGAAAUGUCGCCUUGAAUCUGAGGUCUUGAAGCUCAAUGAGCAACUGUGUGAAGCAAAUAAAGAGAUUCAACGAUUAGCAGAUCGCGUCGAUGGAGUUUCGAGUAAUAAUUCCAGUUCAAUGUCAAUGGAAGCCCUCGACCCGCCAUUUCUUGGAGAAUUUGGGAUGGAAGGAUAUGGGGAUAUUUUUCACAUACCAGAAAACAAUUACAUUCAUGGAAUGGAAUGGAUGAAUCUUUUUAUGUAAUUAAUAAGUAGCUAAUUGUAGUAUUUAGAUAGUAAUUAAGUAACAAUCUAUUGUAAAUUUUAUCUAUCUAGCGGUUAAUUAAAGGGGUGUAUGUUGAUUACUAGAAUCUGGAUAUAAAAUGUCAUUAGUUAGUAAUUAAAUUUAA